UCUCCGAAGUGAGAGGCGGAUAUUAUUGGGGAGAAAGAAGGAAUUGAGUUGCCCAAGCGAGCAGGAGCGACAGAAAUAUAAAUGCUGCAUGGUAUAUGACUAACAACUGCAAGUUUAAUGUCUGACGUUUAGAUAUUUCUGAGUUUGUACAAGCCUUUAUUAAAACAACCAAGGUAUACAACCAAGUGCCCCUUUGUAAGAGCCGAGUUUGCCGGUAUUCGCAGUCGCCGGGAGGUGGGUGCACAGUCCCCUUCUCAUUAAUCCCGUGCUGUGCAAGGUUCGUUGAAUGAUUCUCUCGUAUCAGUGGAUGUGAACUGGACAAUCGCGUUAACAGGGCGGCCAUGGGCUUGACUGGAAAGAGGUGGGAGAAGGGGCCCGUGUGCUGGAGGAGGAGGGUGAAGUCCGAGUACAUGCGACUACGGCAGCUCAAGAGGUUCAGAAGAGCCGAUGAGGUCAAGAGCAUGUUUAACUCCAAUCGGCAGAAGAUAGCAGAGCGCACGGACAUCCUGAACCAGGAGUGGAAGCUCCGUCGGAUACAGCCCGUCAACAUCAUGGCACCUGUAAGCUCCUUUCGAGGGACCAGAGAGUGCUCUGUGGGUAGCGGCUUCUCCGAGUUUUCCAAGCAAGUGAUUCCCCUGAAGACCCUGAACGCUGUGGCCUCCAUCCCCGUCAUGUACUCCUGGUCCCCGCUGCAGCAGAACUUCAUGGUGGAGGACGAGACCGUUUUGCACAACAUCCCCUACAUGGGCGACGAGAUUCUGGACCAGGAUGGGACCUUCAUCGAGGAGCUCAUCAAAAACUACGACGGGAAGGUCCACGGAGACCGAGAGUGUGGCUUCAUCAACGACGAGAUCUUCGUGGAGCUGGUGAGCGCCCUCACUCAGUACAGCGACGGUGAGGAGGACGAGGAGGAGGAAGAGGAGGAGGAAGAGCCACCGGCCUACAGGGCGGAGAGGGCGGACCUGUGUGACGCCGGAGGAGGCAGGAAGGAGCGCCUCUGCUCCGAAGGCAGAGACAGCGAGGGCUCCAAGAAGUUCCCCUCGGACAAGAUAUUCGAGGCGAUCUCGUCGAUGUUUCCGGACAAAGGAUCGCCGGAGGAGCUCAGAGAAAAGUACAAAGAGCUGACGGAGCAGCAGCUGCCCGGGGCCCUGCCCCCGGAGUGCACCCCGAACAUCGACGGUCCCAACGCCCGGUCCGUGCAGCGGGAGCAGAGUCUGCACUCUUUCCACACGCUCUUCUGCCGCCGCUGCUUCAAAUACGACUGCUUCCUGCACCACCGUAUCCACACCCACUCUACAGCUUUCCAUGCCACUCCAAACACGUACAAGCGCAAGAACAUGGAGAACCAGGUAAACAGCAAGCCCUGCGGAGCCAGCUGCUACAUGCACCUGAUACAGGACGGCAUGGUGAGGGAGUACCCCUCCAGCGUGGUCGCCGCGGAGAGGGAGAGCGAGAGCGAGCGGGCGAAGACGCCCUCCAAGCGGCUGGUGGGGAGGCGCAGGGGGCGGCCCAACGGGACCGGCAGCCGUCCCGGGACCCCCACCAUCAACGCCGAGACCAAGGACACGGACAGCGACCGGGACGGCGCGGGCGACGAGGACGACAAGAGAGACGAGACCACCAGCUCCUCGGAGGCGAACUCGCGCUGCCAGACCCCGGUGAGCCUGAAGCUGAGCUGGGAGCCCCCGGAGCCGGUGGACUGGAGCGGGGCCGAGGCCUCCCUGUUCAGGGUGCUCAUCGGCACGUACUACGACAACUACUGCACCAUCGCCCGCCUCAUCGGCACCAAGACCUGCAGACAGGUUUACGAAUUCCGGGUUAAAGAGUCCAGUAUUAUCGCACGUGCGCCUGCGGAGGACGUAGACACCCCACCGAGGAAAAAGAAAAGGAAACACAGUAGGUUGUGGGCCACGCACUGUAGGAAAAUCCAGCUGAAAAAAGACGGCUCCUCCAAUCACGUGUACAACUACCAGCCAUGUGACCACCCCCGCCAACCCUGCGACAGCUCCUGCCCCUGCGUCAUCGCCCAGAAUUUCUGCGAGAAGUUCUGCCAGUGCAGCUCCGAGUGUCAGAACCGCUUCCCCGGCUGCCGCUGCAAGGCGCAGUGCAACACCAAGCAGUGCCCGUGCUACCUGGCCGUGCGGGAGUGCGACCCCGACCUCUGCCUGACCUGCGGAGCCGCCGAGCACUGGGACAGCAAGAACGUCUCCUGCAAGAACUGCAGCAUCCAGCGCGGGGCCAAGAAGCACUUACUGCUGGCCCCCUCCGACGUGGCCGGGUGGGGCAUCUUCAUCAAAGAGCCGGUCCAGAAGAACGAGUUCAUCUCCGAAUACUGUGGAGAGAUAAUCUCCCAGGACGAGGCCGAUCGCAGGGGGAAGGUGUACGACAAGUACAUGUGCAGCUUCCUGUUCAACUUGAACAACGACUUUGUGGUGGACGCAACACGGAAAGGCAACAAGAUCCGGUUCGCCAAUCACUCGGUCAACCCUAACUGCUAUGCAAAAGUGAUGAUGGUGAACGGAGACCACCGGAUCGGCAUUUUUGCAAAGAGAGCCAUACAAACCGGCGAGGAGCUGUUCUUUGACUACAGGUACAGCCAAGCGGAUGCGCUGAAGUACGUGGGCAUCGAGAGGGAGACGGAGAUGCCCUGACGCCCCUCUCUUCAGGACUUUUUUUUUUUUUUUUUUUUUUUUUUUUUUUAGGACGACAAAUGCAUUUCUUUUUUUAUUUAAGAAUCUUUUUCACAUUUCACAUCAUUUGCUAGCCAAUUAUGCCCUAUCUAAUCCAGUUACUGCCAGCUGGGGAUACACCGCCUUACGACCCCGUCCCUCGGCGGCCCAGUGGGACCCUGACAGCCACACGCCUUCUCCAAGCCGUCUCGUCUCAGUUAGACCGUCUCUCCGAGGCGCUCCGGGGCGCUGUGUGCGCCGAUCCCACUAAACCUGCCAGAUCCGGCCCCUGGGGCGGCUGCUCUACGACAGCCUUUCUGUAUACAGGUUCUUUUUCAGGGGAACAGGGAUACGUUUUCUGUCAAAUUGAAAACGACGAACCACACUGGUUAUAACAGUUACUCUGUCAAUGUUUCUACUGCCUUUUUCCCCCCACUCUUAGAACGGUUAAAAAAAACCGAUAGCACGUUAGCAACGAUGAGACCGUUUCAACACAAACCGCAAUACUUGAACGUUCACCCCGGCGUGUUCACCCCGGGAUUCUCACGCCACGUCAGUCCGGGCGGUGUUCACAGCCGGAGGGACUGCUGGAGGAGAAACUUCUGGCUCUUUCUCCUGUGGGGGUGGCGACCGGACUGAACCAGACUCGCUGCACACCGACUCGCACGUCGCAAACCAUGUAUGAUGAUCGGCAGGUGUCUGCCGUGCGCAUUC